UCACAGUUAGUACUACUGAUUCUGCGAACAUGUGCUUUUUGUUCGCAAUUGGAAAUUAUAUUUUGUGGUAAAUAUGAUUAUGUUGUGUUAUGAUAGGUUAUAAAAAAAGUAUUAUUAAUUUUAUGUUGUUUGUUAAAUCAGUUGCAUCUCAAUGUUAAUUCGUCAAUUGUAGGGUUUAUUUAGAGUAAUUAAAAACGAUGUUUGAACACGAGGACACUGACAAUCAAACUUCAAAUGAAGGAGCACAUGUGCUAAGUAAUCUAAGUAGAAGGGUUGUGGAGUGCAUUGGACCAGCAUUUUUGAGUUUUUGGCAGAGUCAGCCUGGAAUUACUAGUGAUAUUUUGUGUUUGGAAGAGGAAGACGACGUAGAAGAUACUGCUAGUACUGUUUUUGAUGAAGACGAUGUUACUUUUUUAAGAAGCCUAGAUCCAAAACUUUGGAAGCAUCAGGAUCAUUAUGCUGUUCUGGGACUCUCGAAGUUGCGUCACAAGGCCACGGAUGAGGACAUUAAAAGAGCGUAUCGGAUUAAAGUCCUUCAUCACCAUCCUGACAAGCGCAAAGCGAAAGGUGAAGAAAUACGUCGCGAGGAUGAUUAUUUUACGUGCAUCACGAAGGCAUGGGAAAUACUUGGCAACCCGCGGAAUCGCCGGUCGUUUGAUUCGGUAGAUCCAGAGUUUGACGAUGAAAUUCCAUCAAACAAUGAUUACUCUAAAUCAAACUUCUACACAGUGUUUGGAAAAGCAUUUGACAAGAACUCACGAUGGUCGGAGAGGCAACCCGUGCCAAAGCUUGGGGAUGCAAAUUCCACGCGUGAACAAGUAGAAAAAUUCUAUUCAUUUUGGUACAAUUUUGAAUCUUGGCGAGAAUACUCUUAUCUAGAUGAAGAAGAAAAAGAGAAAGGACAAGCACGUGAAGAACGAAGAUGGAUAGACAAACAAAACAAGGCGGCCAGAGCACGGAGGAAGAAGGAUGAAAUGACAAGAAUAAGGUCGUUAGUUGACUUGGCUUAUGACUUGGAUCCUCGUGUGCAGAAGUUCAAACAAGAAGACAAGGACCGGAAAUUGGCCGUGAAGCAAGCAAGGAAGGAUGCAGCAAGGGCCAGAGUUGAAGAGGAAGAGCGCAAGGUACGCGAGGUAGAAGAAGCAGCUCGCAAGGUUCGAGAAGAAAUGGAAGCAGAAGAGAAAGCAAAGCAAGAUGCAAUCAAAGCAGAAAGAGAUGCACAAAAGAAAGCACUGAAGAAAGAAAAGACAGCUCUUCGUAAGUUGGUAAAGGCCAAUAAUUACUACGUGAUGGAAGACAAAGAAACCGUGAAGCACAUGGCCAGUUUAGAGAAGAUUUGUGAAUGUUUAGGAGUGGAAGACUUGGCAGUCUUGAUGAAGUCAUUAUCGCUAAACGGUAGAGAAGCCUACCUAAAAGCUAUUCACGAGGUGGACCAGCGUAUAGAGAAGGAGCGUCGCGAACUCAUGGACAAAACAAAGCGCCAGAACGGCAACGACUCCGAGCGGGGCAAAGCGGGAUCUGCCCCGUGGAGCCAGGAACAGCUGCAGCUGCUGAUCAAGGCGGUGAACAUCUUCCCGGCUGGUACGAACCAGCGGUGGGAGGUGGUCGCCAACUUCAUCAACCAACACAACUCGGUGGAGGCCGCCUCGCGCACGGCCAAGGAGGUUCUGGGCAAGGCCAAGGACCUGCAGAGCUCCGACUACUCCAGGAACCUCCUGAAGACCGCCGCCAACGAGAAGGCCUACGACAACUUCGAGAAGGUGCAGAAGGGCAACGUGGACGUGAACGUGGCGACGUCGCAGAGAUUCGACGGGCCCGCGGAGCAAGGGGCGCCGUGGACGGCCAAGGAGCAGCAGUUGCUGGAGCAAGCACUCAAGUCGUACCCCGCGUCGACGCCGGACCGCUGGGACAGAAUAGCCGAGUGCGUGCCAUCGCGCUCCAAGAAGGAGUGUCUCAAACGCUUCCGAGAUCUCGCUGAGAUGGUGAAGGCUAAGAAGGCAGCGCAAGCAGCCACGCUCAAAGGAAAAUAACACAGGUUGAUAUUCUAGCCAACAAAUUGUGUUCCUUUCACCCAAAGUUUUUCGUGAAACAUUGAUUUUAUUGACUGGCCACACACAGAAUAAUUGAUAGCUUUAAAGUAUGUAAGCAUUGAAUGUGGUACUAAAAUUUUUCUAAUAUCAGUCUCAGUGAACAAAUUAUGUUCCCCAUCCAUGUGUAAUAUUUACAUAUGACAUUGAUGUACAAAUAUUAUGACAUCUAGCGAUCUGAAAUUGUUAUAAUUUUAUGGGCUAGCAGCAACUUAUGAACUCACUCUUAAAAUUUAUUUUUGUUUAGCAGGACACUAUGUAGGACUGUACAAUGUGCAGUAUUUUUUUUACAGCAGUUGAAAUAAAGUAAUAUAAAUGCUAUGUUGCCAUUGAGCUGUUACCGAAAAUGUGUGCAUGUUAUAAAUAUGCCUCAUUUAAAUAUGAUGGGUUUUUUUUUGUAAAUAAUUGUAAGAUGAUGGUAUAGCUCUGAAGAAUAUUGACUAAUUUAUUGGAAAAUCCCAAAGAUGGUAUAUUUUGCUUGUAGGUACAAACCUAAUUUUGCCAUGUGAGGAUAAGACUUACGACAAGUUUAGAAAUUGAAAAUUUUAAAACUAACAAAAAUUUGUAAAAUAAAUAUUUUUUAAAAUCUUGAUUGCUAGCAAUCUUAUAUUUUACCAACUGUAGUAAAUGUUGUUUGCAGGUUAAAAUUUGGUUUUGUAAAACUCAUUCUCUCGUGGGUAAUGUGUUACAAGAGCAGCCUUAUACACAAUAAAAUAAAAUUUUUGAAAAUGUU